AUGCCUGAUAGGAUUGAAUUUGGCACUUACGCCAUUGCUGCUGCUAUGACCAAUGGUAGGUACCAUGUUAUGGCUUUAAAGAAACACCUUUAUCAGUUUUAAACAAAUCUCAUACAAAGUCCAGGAAGGGGAAGGGACGCCGGAACGAUGUAAAGGCAAGGGGGGGCAGAUUUUCCUGAAAGGGCACUUUUGAAUUGAUAUCUGACUAAGAGAUGCUGCAAAAUAUCGAGAGUUGAACUUCGCCUAAUCAUGUUUUCGAUUUAUUGGAUGAUAGGGGUGCGAGGGGGUUCUCCGCCAGGCGAUUGUGCUAUUCUUGAAGCUCGAUGACUGCAUUCAUUUCUUGCGUUUUCUGAAGCAAAUUCGUAAAAGAAUCACAUGCACUAACAUUUCUGACAAUUCGUUAUUCCGCCAAGGCAAUCCUUUAAAUUGAAAGGGCAUCUUUGCCCCUGCUCCUCCUGGUAAAGGGCAACGGGGGCGGCUGCCCCUCCGGCGUCCCUGGGAAGGGUCAUCCUUAGUUAGUCCCGUGUUAGUACAUGAAGAACUUGCGGUACUCGAAAGUGUGGUAAAAAUUACCAAAAAAUAGAGUAACAAUUUAAAUUACUUCUCAAAAAAGGUAAUUAUUAUAAAUUACAAAUUACCUCCUUCAAAAGUAAUUAAUUACGAAUGACGUGAAAGACACAUGCUGUUACUGGGCAACCAAAACCGCAAUAGUUGAGCGCACUAUACGUCCUUUUUAGCGCCCUUUCCUAUAAAUUAUCGCAUUCUCAAACAGCCUUUCAAACUAUUAAUUUCAACGUACGAAUUUAGGUAAAGUUGAAUUUGAAGUUCCAGAAGACAUGAAAGAAGACAUGUUGAAGGCGAUAUGCCAGCCGCUUGAUGCCGCUGGAGUUAAAAUAGAUCGCUACAGCCAAUAUGGCCUAAUUGUAAUCUCACUAAAGAAUGGCACCAUUACACCGGUUGAUAUCAAAACAGGUCCUUAUCCUGGUUUUCCCACUGACCUUCUACCACAAUGGGUGGCAUUCAUGACCCAAGCACAAGCCACAAUGACAAAAGAGUACGCAAUCAUACAUGAUAAAAUCUAUGAUGGUCGUUUCAACUAUGUGGAUGGUUUGAAGAAAAUGGGAGCCGUAAUUGAGAAAGUCAAUGAAAGAGAGUAUGGAGUGAAAGCAGGUACAAUAGAGAUUAUUACAGUAAUAAUAGUACUAGAAUAUGUGAGGGGCAAAGGAGAUAUUAAUUACCCCUGUCAGAUUUUGUGAUGAAAUUGAAUCAUGGAGAUUCUAAGCCCGUUUUACAUAGUAAGCUCUAUAUAUAUAUAUUUGAAGCAAGAACUUCAGUCAUUCGGCCUAUAAGAAAAGCGAAGCCAAAAUUGCGGAAUUGCUGUCCAAUACAUAUGAAUGUUGUAAACAGGUUUAAUACAACCCCCCCCCCCCAGCUAUUCCAUUUUUUUUCUAAUUGCUAAUCAAGUAUUCAAAUUAUCAGUUGAUAAAACCGUUAUAUUACUCCUUAAAUCGUAGUCAAAAUACGAAAUUUCGGUACACUAGUAAAACAAUAGAAAGAGACUGUCUAAAACUGACGUCAAGUAGCUCCAUCUUUGGCUUUACGUUUUGGACUCGAGGUACAAAGCCUGAAAAAACAUCAAAUUCAACCAAAAUUUGAUAUGCUUACCCAUGACAAACUAGCCUGCUCGCAGGCUAAUGACAAAUGACUGCCUGUGCUUCCUGGCCAAAGUACUAAAGUAAUAUGGAUUAGUCACAACUAUAAGUCCUACAAGCUUAAGUUUAAAAUAAUGCAUGUUAUUUAUGACAGGUUCAAAGCUGAACGGGACUCGUGUUGAGGCUACAGAUCUUCGUGGCGGAGCGGCCUUAGUCCUUGCUGGUCUGGUUGCCCAAGGCUCAACAGUGGUACGAAAAUUUGAAUUCAUCCAGCGUGGUUAUGAAGACAUGGUGGGAAAAUUGAAUAAAUGUGGUGCCAAUUUGAAGAUCCUUAAAGAAACCCGUCCUGGUUUUCAUGGUGGACCAGGCCAUUUCUAA